AUGCUGAACAUCGCUCGCAAAACUUUCAAACGCGUACCCAGUUUUCAGGACCUACUACAAGGCAGGAUGACCCACCCCGAUAUUACCGUCGAUGUCCUCGUCAUUGGUGCAGGCCCAACUGGUUUGGGUGCAGCCAAGCGUUUAAAUCAGAUUGAUGGCCCUUCUUGGUUGAUUAUCGAUUCUAAUGAGACUCCCGGUGGUCUGGCUUCCACUGAUACCACCCCUGAAGGUUUCUUGUACGAUGUUGGUGGCCACGUUAUCUUCUCCCACUACAAAUACUUCGAUGACUGCAUUGAUGAGGCUCUCCCCAAGGAUGAUGACUGGUACACUCACGAGCGUAUCUCCUACGUCCGCUGCCAGGGCGAGUGGGUUCCCUACCCUUUCCAGAACAACAUAUCCAUGUUGCCCAAGGCCGAGCAGGUCAAGUGUAUCGAUGGUAUGAUCGAUGCUGCUCUAGAGGCUCGUGUCGCCAGCACCAAGCCCAAGAACUUCGAUGAGUGGAUCGUUCGCAUGAUGGGUGUUGGUAUUGCCGACCUUUUCAUGCGUCCCUACAACUUCAAGGUCUGGGCCGUUCCCACCACCAAGAUGCAAUGCGCUUGGCUCGGUGAGCGUGUCGCCGCUCCCAACCUCAAGGCUGUCACCACCAACGUCAUCCUGAACAAGACCGCCGGUAACUGGGGCCCCAACGCUACUUUCCGUUUCCCUGCCCGUGAUGGUACCGGUGGUAUCUGGAUUGCCGUUGCCAACACUCUUCCCAAGAAGAACACCCGCUUUGGCGAGCAGGGCAAGGUCACCAAGGUCAACGCCAACAACAAGACCGUCACCUUGGCUGAUGGCACCACCAUUGGUUACGGCAAGCUCGUUUCCACCAUGGCUGUCGACUUCUUGGCUGAAGCCAUGAGCGACACUGAGCUCAUCCCCCUCACCAAGCAGCUCUACUACUCCACUACCCACGUCAUUGGUGUUGGUAUCCGUGGUGUCCGCCCCGACCGCAUUGGUGACAAGUGCUGGUUGUACUUCCCCGAAGACAACUGCCCAUUCUACCGUGCUACCAUCUUCUCCAACUACUCCCCCUACAACCAGCCCGAGUCCUCCAAGAAGCUGCCCACACUCCAGCUCGCCGACGGCUCCAAGCCCAAGAACACCGAGCCCCAGGAAGGUCCUUACUGGUCCAUCAUGUUGGAGGUUUCUGAGUCCACCAUGAAGCCUGUCAACAACGACACCCUGUUGGCCGAUACCAUCCAGGGUCUUGUCAACACCGACAUGCUCAAGGCCGGUGACGAGAUUGUCUCCACUUACCACCGCCGCUUUGACCACGGUUACCCCACCCCCAGCUUGGAGCGUGAAGGUGCCCUCACCCAGAUCCUACCCAAGCUGCAAGAGAAGGGCAUCUGGUCGCGUGGUCGUUUCGGCAGCUGGCGCUACGAGGUCGGCAACCAGGACCACUCCUUCAUGCUCGGUGUCGAGGCUGUUGAUAACAUUGUCAACGGUGCCGUUGAGCUGACCCUCAACUACCCCGACUUUGUCAACGGUCGCCAGAACACUGAGCGUCGUCUAGUCGACGGUGCCCAGAUCUUCGCCAAGAAGGCUCAAGAGUAG